AUGUUGAAACUAUUGUUGGUGGGCCCCGGACUCGGAGCGUCCGGCACUACCGUUCGCUUUAGUCUGCAAAAUUACGACAAAGACGUGGGCCUACUCUGUGACUCUUUGGGCAAGGCGAUCGACUUCUCCAAGUUCGAGAUCUGGAAGGACUACUUCACGGCGGGACACACGCCCUACGGCACAUUCAAGCUACAGGCUUUGCUGCGUCCCAAGUCAGCCGGCAUUACACCCACCAUGGCUGGCUCGACCGUGCUGGACCGCAAGAAUUUCGAAAAAUACCUCACCAAAAAACAGGCAUUAAAGAGCCCACUGGGCUUCGAUGUCGAGUUUGAGCUGCUCAAGUCUGACGGGACGCGCUUCGAGCCCGAUUUGCUUAUGCCGCUCGACUACCUCAAGCGCGUCGUCAAGACCAAGCACUUGUUGCAGGCCGACCUAGAAACCCUCAUUGCCGACGCCGUGCGUGGCCAUCCAGAAUUAAAACCGCCUCAGCGACGUAUCGUGGCCCUAAAUACUGUAUAUGUCGACAUUUUGUCCAAGAAUGGCUUCAUAACGCAGCAGGACGUGCUUCAUUUUCUCGUCGGCAAGGAAAAGGACAUGGUCUUUAAGGACGGAACCAAGUGCUAUCGGUUCACGGAUAUCAAACUCUAG